AUGCCGAAGGUUGACGCCGACGGCUACUUGAGAAAAACCUCGGAAAUUCCCAAAAAUCGAUUGGCAUCUUUCUUUGGUAGACUGGACAAGUCGAAGCAGGCUAACCUGCACAAUUGUUUGAUCAUUGGGAUCGAUUUCGGAACUACAUUCUCUGGUGUCUCGUGGAUAACAUUGGCCGACUUUAAACAAGAAAACAUCAACAUCAUCACGCAAUGGCCUGGGAUGCGCGGUGACCAUGCUAAAGUGCCCACGAAGCUUUACUACGAGUAUGGACCCCAAACCGACACCCCGUUAUGGGGCUUUGAGAUUCCGAACGAAAUAGAAGCGCUUGAGUGGUUCAAGCUUCUUCUGCUGCGAGAAGAUGACAUGUGGAAUGAGCUUCGAGAUUCGGUGCAUAUUGGCCGGGCCAAGAUGCUACUGCGCGAGAGCGAGAAGACGGCUGAGGAUUGCAUUGCAGAUUACCUACGGGCAAUUUGGCAACAUACACUCAAGACCAUUCUCAAGGCUCGUCCCAGCUAUCUCAUUGAGUCUCUCGAGUUCCAUGUGGUUCUGACCGUGCCCGCGAUUUGGAAAGAUUAUGCCCGCAGUGCCAUGACAGAAGCCGCCAGGAAGGCCGGCAUUUUUGAUCAUCGUCCCGCCGGUCCAACCUCUCUAACUUUUGCUCCCGAGCCCGAGGCAGCCGGAUUGGCUGCACUGAUUGACCGUGAGAGACAUACUAAGCCAGAUGAUGUGUUUGUGAUUUGCGAUGCUGGAGGUGGCACCGUGGAUGUCAUAACAUAUACAGUUGGACACCAGCAGCCACUGCAAUUGCACGAGUCAGUCGAGGGUGACGGCCGUGUGUGUGGUGGCAUUUUCAUCGAUGAGGACUUUAUAGCACAAUGCAGGAAUCGCAUUGGCCGACGGUGGUCCGGCUUCAGCUCGGCGGAUCAAAAAGCCAUCUUAACAAAUGAAUGGGAAUACUCUAUCAAGCCUCACUUUGGAGAGGCAAAUGACUGGGAUACAUAUCCAGUGUCGAUUAUGCAAGGCCCAUUAACAGCCGCAGAGUUGAAUGACACUUCCCGCAAGCCUCAUAUUAAGAAUGGCUGUAUCUACUUUUCUGGCUCCGAUAUUCGUGAUGCGUUUCACAAGAGAGCUGUGCCUGGCCUCUCUAGUCUGGUAGAUAGCCAGCUAACCAAAGCCCAAAGCAAAGGGCUACAUGUGACGGGAAUUGUUCUUGUGGGUGGUCUUGGCUCGAGUCCCCAUAUAUAUCGAUAUCUCGAGGCCAAGUAUUCCAGCCAAGGAAUCGAAGUCUGCCAGUUUAAUGCCCUCAGAAGUCGUACUGCUAUCUGUCGAGGCGCUAUCCUAAAGGGACUCAUGGAUGCUCCCAUAACUGCACAUGUGCCUAAUGCUCCUGCGAUAUUGUCGAGAGUUUCGAGAACAAGCCUCGGUCUCAGUUUCAGCACAAUUUUCAAAAAAGGAGUCCAUGACAAGGGAGAGAAAUACUGGUGUGAAUACGAGGGUGUCUACAAGGUACGGGGUGUGAUGGACUGGUACAUUACCAAGGGGAAAGAUGUGACAAAAUCACAUCCAAUCCGAGAAAACUACUUUAAAAUCUUCAUCGAUGAGAGGGAAUUCCCACCGCCCGCCUUCACACUGACGGUUUACACGAGUGAAGCUGAAACGCCACCUUUUCUAUCGAGUGAUGUUAGCGUGGCGGAGCAUUCCACUAUUCAGUUUGAUCUCAGUGGCUAUAAAUACGAUGAUCUUGAAGACUUCAAGGGGCCCACGGGCCAGAGGGGCAAGAUCUUUAAUUACACCAUUGAGAUGGUGCCGUCAGGAGCUUCCACGGAGUUUUCAAUUUAUUUCCAAGGCAAGAAGCUGGGAUCGGAUUAUGUCUCGAUCAUGGUGGACUAG